AUGGGUGAUGACAGUGUCAGUGUAGGUGAGAUGGGUGAUGACAGUGUCAGUGUAGGUGAGAUGGGUGAUGACCGUGUCAGUGUAGGUGAGAUGGGAGAUGACCGUGUCAGUGUAGGUGAGAUGGGAGAUGACCGUGUCAGUGUAGGUGAGAUGGGUGAUGACCGUGUCAGUGUAGGUGAGAUGGGAGAUGACCGUGUCAGUGUAGGUGAGAUGGGAGAUGACCGUGUCAGUGUAGGUGAGAUGGGAGAUGACCGUGUCAGUGUAGGUGAGAUGGGUGAUGACCGUGUCAGUGUAGGUGAGAUGGGAGAUGACCGUGUCAGUGUAGGUGAGAUGGGAGAUGACCGUGUCAGUGUAGGUGAGAUGGGAGAUGACCGUGUCAGUGUAGGUGAGAUGGGAGAUGACCGUGUCAGUGUAGGUGAGAUGGGAGAUGACCGUGUCAGUGUAGGUGAGAUGGGUGAUGACCGUGUCAGUGUAGGUGAGAUGGGAGAUGACCGUGUCAGUGUAGGUGAGAUGGGUGAUGACCGUGUCAGUGUAGGUGAGAUGGGAGAUGACCGUGUCAGUGUAGGUGAGAUGGGUGAUGACCGUGUCAGUGUAGGUGAGAUGGGAGAUGACCGUGUCAGUGUAGGUGAGAUGGGAGAUGACCGUGUCAGUGUAGGUGAGAUGGGUGAUGACCGUGUCAGUGUAGGUGAGAUGGGAGAUGACCGUGUCAGUGUAGGUGAGAUGGGAGAUGACCGUGUCAGUGUAGGUGAGAUGGGUGAUGACCGUGUCAGUGUAGGUGAGAUGGGAGAUGACCGUGUCAGUGUAGGUGAGAUGGGUGAUGACCGUGUCAGUGUAGGUGAGAUGGGAGAUGACCGUGUCAGUGUAGGUGAGAUGGGAGAUGACCGUGUCAGUGUAGGUGAGAUGGGUGAUGACCGUGUCAGUGUAGGUGAGAUGGGAGAUGACCGUGUCAGUGUAGGUGAGAUGGGUGAUGACCGUGUCAGUGUAGGUGAGAUGGGAGAUGACCGUGUCAGUGUAGGUGAGAUGGGUGAUGACCGUGUCAGUGUAGGUGAGAUGGGAGAUGACCGUGUCAGUGUAGGUGAGAUGGGAGAUGACCGUGUCAGUGUAGGUGAGAUGGGUGAUGACCGUGUCAGUGUAGGUGAGAUGGGAGAUGACCGUGUCAGUGUAGGUGAGAUGGGAGAUGACCGUGUCAGUGUAGGUGAGAUGGGAGAUGACCGUGUCAGUGUAGGUGAGAUGGGAGAUGACCGUGUCAGUGUAGGUGAGAUGGGUGAUGACCGUGUCAGUGUAGGUGAGAUGGGUGAUGACCGUGUCAGUGUAGGUGAGAUGGGUGAUGAUCAGGUCAGUGUAGGUGAGGUGGGUGAUGAUCAGGUCAGUGUAGGUGAGAUGGGAGAUGACCGUGUCAGUGUAGGUGAGAUGGGUGAUGAUCAGGUCAGUGUAGGUGAGGUGGGUGAUGAUCAGGUCAGUGUAGGUGAGAUGGGAGAUGACCGUGUCAGUGUAGGUGAGAUGGGUGAUGAUCAGGUCAGUGUAGGUGAGGUGGGUGAUGAUCAGGUCAGUGUUGGUGAGGUGGGUGAUGACCGUGUCAGUGUAGGUGAGAUGGGAGAUGACCGUGUCAGUGUAGGUGAGAUGGGUGAUGACCGUGUCAGUGUAGGUGAGGUGGGUGAUGAUCAGGUCAGUGUUGGUGAGGUGGGUGAUGACCGUGUCAGUGUAGGUGAGGUGGGUGAUGAUCAGGUCAGUGUUGGUGAGGUGGGUGAUGACCGUGUCAGUGUAGGUGAGGUGGGUGAUGAUCAGGUCAGUGUUGGUGAGGUGGGUGAUGACCGUGUCAGUGUAGGUGAGGUGGGUGAUGAUCAGGUCAGUGUUGGUGAGGUGGGUGAUGACCGUGUCAGUGUAGGUGAGGUGGGUGAUGAUCAGGUCAGUGUUGGUGAGGUGGGUGAUGAUCAGGUCAGUGUAGGUGAGGUGGGAGAUGACCGUGUCAGUGUAGGUGAGGUGGGUGAUGAUCAGAGGUAA